GCUCAUACCUUGAAGCGGUUCUGACUCAAAACCACCACCACCAUCGUCGCAGACAACAUCGUUGCGCUGCGCAAGAACUCUUGCUUUUACUCUCUCUCCUUAUUUUAUGCACAAUAGACCUACUGAAUCUAAUCAGAACAAGGAUAAAUAUCGAACGAAGCAUCAGCAAACUCGCAAACAUUCUAGCCAAUAUGGACGCAUUCAACCAAAAUCAAAACCCGUUCGGGGAGGCGAAAGCUUGUUGUUUGGCAUACCAAACGAAUCUCUUACACACAUCACAUCGUUCCUCGACCCGCCGUCUCUUAUCACACUCUCGCAGACCAAUAGAAGGCUAUACCAACACGUAGCGGACGAUAAUACGUGGCGUAGGGCAUUUGUUUACCAGUUCUUGGGCGUCCUGCCAGAGGAUGACAUCCAACACGGUAAUGGGCAUGACACCACUGCGUCUAGUAGAAGCAUGAUGCUUAGAAAAAUGGAGUCCUCUUGGAAGCGCGAAUUUGUCUUCCGGUGGAAUCUCAGGCGACGAUGGGAACGAUCUCGGUCUACAGCAGUGACCCACGUUCCUACGCAUUCGUCAAUAGGAAGGAUUCAUUUGAUGCCUGUGCCGAAUACCGUUGGUCCCCAAUCUCACGCCGUACUAAGCUCUUCCCUUCAAUACGGCAUCGUCGCUCGGUCAUUCCCCUUCAGCGGCCGAAUCCUUCGUGGUUACCUUGAUGCAGCUGGUACUUUGAACGGCCUCGGAAUUGGGAACCCCAAUGCAGAGUUUUCGCCGGAUCUUAUGAAAUGCGCUAUGACAUCGGACGGUGGCACGGCCAAGGUCUUGUGGGGUUUUAGAAAUGGUAGCGUCGCGGUCACAAAUGCACCUAAAGCCAUGGAGGGCGCUCGACCAGUAUCUGCGCGCUGGACGAAAUGUCAGCUGGACGAUGCUCAUGAUGGAGCAGUGGAGGACGCGGUCUGGGCUGGUAUAGGCAGCACGUACGCUGUCACAGCGGGCGCCGACGGACGUGUUAAGCUCUGGGAGGCCAAGCGUAUGGCUUGUCUCUGGACUUCACCCUUGAAGUCUGGACAGCUAUUGAAGGACCCCUGCGUGAAGGUCGCGGCUGACCUCAAUGGCGGUGUCAUCGCAGGCUUGAUGAAGAGCGGAGAGCUCAUCAUUUGGUCUGGUUUGACUGGAAUCGUAUCUGGCGAUGUUUCUCCCUCAGAAAUUCGUGAGAAUCGCGCUGCUCCUCCAAACCUCCCUCCAGUCUUCAUCAACCCUAGUGAUCGAGAACCUUUGGCUCUAUAUAUGCGCCUUUCCCCUUCGAAACGUGUUUCCAUCAUCACCGCAUAUGUAGAUGAUCCCCUUCUAUACCGAACCACAGUCGACAUCGACGAUGGAGACAUAGAGCGAAGCAUUUUCGGCGACAGCUCUGCAGCCGCCGUCACUUCAUUGCAACCAGUUUUUGCUACUAAUCCGGAUGAGCCGAGCUUUGUCAUCGUCGGCGACAAGCUUGGCUAUGUCAGUGUCUUUCCAUGGGAUGCGUCUGGUUCUACUGUAGCACCUAACCGCAGAUUUCAAGCCCAUGGUGACAGUGCAGUCUCUGCGAUUGCGUGGUCGCCUGCUGUCGUUGUUACCGGUUCAUCCAAAGGCACGAUCAGGGCAUUCGACUCGCUGAACUUCGCUUGUCUUCGUACAUUUCCUGCUACCGGUCGACCUGCCAUUGGUGAAGCACCCGAUCCUGUGAGCAAUGUUGUUGUGGAUAGGGAAGCGCUUGCAGCGAGCAUUGGGAGCCGCGUUAUGGGUUGGUUUGCAGGGCCUGUGGGACGAGAGAGGACACAUCACAAAGGCAGGCACGCCAAGUCGUCGAAGUCGCACCCCCUUGCGAAGUGGCAGCAACAAGUGGAGUUGUAUCGAGACAUAGCAGAAUCGCGUCAAGAGUUAGAGCACGAACAGGCACAUACGAGACGUACCUUCGGACGCGAACGCGAGCAGCAAUCGACGUUGGCGCACUUGGGUUUGAAUGAAGUAGAGGCGGUUGAGUAUGUCCUGAUGCUUAGCCGUGAAGAGGAAGAAUUGCGUCGGAGGGCACGAGCAGUGGCUGCGAAUGCGGAUGAAGGAGUCUUUUUCGAUGACUUCGACGAUGUUUCGACGCCGCUUCCUACGGAAGAGCACUUCUUUGACUCGCCUAUUGCAGGGCCUUCUAGAGCGACAUCUUCGCAUCACUCUGUGCCGUCCAGGGGAAGUCGUUCUCUCAAUGGUCGUGCUUUGCUGCACGUUGUCGAGCCAUCGAGCCACAAGGUCCAUGUCUCUCCACGUCAUCCCCCGGAGCCCUUGGAAGCAGGGCCGAGUAUCAGUCCGAACGAUUCACUUCCGAGGAGCGUCUCGAGUAGCUCCUCCUUAAGUAGCUCUACUCCGUCACCGGACGAUCCGUUACAAUUCCCCUCCGUGAGCUCAACCCCCAUCCACCGUUCCGUUCCAGGGAGCGUUGGGUCAGGCCAGAGCGCCUGGAGCACACCCCUCCGACGUUCUGAAUCCGUUGGCGGUUCGUCUUCUCCCCGCGCGACUUAUUCCUCAGUGGCAUCAUCGCCCGCCGGUGAACAACAUGCCUUCAUGCAACCUUCGAGUUUGUCUUCUAGGUUGGGGAAUCUCACAAUGGGUCCCUCGACAAGCGCGAGUGCAAGAACCGAAUUAGAAGAUAGAGAAGCGGAGGAGCUGAGGUUUGCUAUAGAGUUGAGUCUUGCUGAGGCAAGAAGUCGUGGUGAGGACAUUUGAAUAUGCUUUGAAUAUGUCGCGUUUUGUGCACCCAAUAUUGCAAGUGUUUAUAUGAUGGCUUGGGUAAACUAGGCUAUGCUUUUCUUUGUAGACCUUCUUUAUGCGUAAUGGGAUAUUUUCCAACAUCAAAGUCGCUUGAAGAUUGUAAGAACUUAAGUGCAUGAAGAAUCUCGCUUCAGAAGCUUCUGUGGUGUAGCUGAGUUGAAUGAGCAUCCAUUCCUUUCGCAUGGACUUGCUAAUCAUAUGGAUGUGCGUGCCGAAAGCUAGUAGAUUGAUACAUCGUGUGCAAAGAGGUCCGGAUUGCAACGUCGAAUAUAUCUCAGUAGAUAGU